AUGAAGUUACUCAAUAUUUUUCAAAUUCAGCUUCCAGACUUUCCUCCAAUGCUUUACCGCAAAGAUAUAUAUUUGACUCCAAGAUUAUUAAUUGCUACAGAUGUUGCAUUAAUAGCAAGUUGGAUUGAUAAGAAAAAAGGAACACCUUAUCAUUUUAAAGAUUUACCUUUUAAAUUUAAUCUUAUUUCUCGUGCUAGUCGUGAUGGUUUUGGGAUUGAUAAAUUUCAUAAACAUUGCGAUAAUAAGGGACCAACUUUUCUUAUAAUUAAGGUUCGCCACCCAAGAGAGCGAGAUAAUUGGUGGAUAUAA